AUGUUUCAAAUAAAUUUGGUAUUCCACCAACAAAAGGUUUAUGCCUCUGAAGAAGAGGAGGAGGAAAACGUUAAUAACCUACAAAAAGAAUUUGAAAAGAAAAUUAAUGCAUAUGUGGAUUCUGAUGUUGAUACGGAUACAGGUGCUUAUAUGAACAUGAACUCGGAUGCUUAUACAGAAGUAGAUGCUUAUAUGGAGGUAGAUGCUGAUAUGAAUAUAGAUACUGAUAUGAAUAUGGAUGCUGAUAUGGAUGCAUAUAUGGAUUUGAGAGUGGAUGUGAAUACGAAUACAGAUACAGAUACUGAAAGCAUAAAUAAUAAUGAAAUAUUUACUAUAGAGCAUAUUGAAAAGCAUAGUAUAAAAAAUGGAUUUGAAGUUGUAAAACAUCGACUUCAAAAAAAUAAAAGAAAUAAAGUUGUUCAUCAUACUUUUGAAUGCAAAAAGUCUUGUAAAUACCAUUCCCAAAAAAAAGCUGACACAGAAGAUAAUUGUGAAUCUGUCAUAUCUGAUGAGACAAAGGAAACCUAUCAGUGGAUUCUGAAGUGCCUAUUAUGUGCUACUAAUGGUCUUGCGCCAAAAGUAUUGUUCACAAAUGUGGACCCUGCUAUGAUUGCGGCUAUCCAUGAAACUAUUCUUUCAACCAAACAUAAUUAUUGCAUAUAG